UGCUCGUGCGCUCCUGUUCACGCAGUGUAAACAUUGUCGUUCGAACGUAACCCUAUUCGAUACUCAAAAGCUUUUGGAUGCGUGUCACUGCUUUCUUUUACCAACAGUGUUGUAUCGAACUUAUCGAUAAGUGACUGACUUUUUAUUUUUUGCCAAAAAGAAAAACUAUUGUGCCAGUGCAAAUAUGGAUUUGUCUUGUGGCGAGAACAUCGAAAACUCCGGGAAUCGAAGCAGCGGCAGGGCCGACAUGUGUGUGGCUGGUCCGGACCGCGCGCUGGACCGCGAUCCCAGGGUGUUGCUGAACCUGAUUGCGUUAGAAAGAUGCCACGCUCUCCACACAGACUACUUCCAGAACGUUCAGAUUGAUAUCCAGCCUUUCAUGAGAAAGGUGGUCACUACGUGGAUGCUGGAAGUGUGCGAGGAGCAGCAGUGUGAGGAGCAGGUGUUCCCAUUGGCUGUGAGCUACAUGGACCGCUUCCUCGCGCAGCGCGCCAUCUCGCGACAGCAGCUGCAACUACUGGCAGUCACUGCGCUGUUACUAGCCUCCAAGUUCAGGCAGUGCCAUCCUCUCUCGGUGGACCUUCUGUGCGCGUACACUGACAACUCGGUCUAUCCACACGAAGUUAGACAAUGGGAAGUUAUGCUUCUGCAACGGCUGAAUUGGCAGUUAUCUAUAGCUACGGCGUUCGACUUUGUGGAACCUUUCCUAGCGCGUGUGCCGUGGGGCAGAUCUAAUCCUCUAGUGCGCACACACGCGCUCACUCUUACUUCGAUCUGUUACACAGAAACCGAGUUUCUUCUCGUACCACCAUCAUUGGUGGCGGUGGCUUGUAUCGCCGCUGCGGCGCGAGGUCUGCGUGUGCGCAUGUCUAUCAACGACUUGUGUACUCUGACGCGCACGCCCGCCGCUGCAGCAGAGUUAGUCGCUAGGCACGUCGAAAGAGUGCUAGCUCGUGAGACCCAACCUCAAGAACCAAGGACGAGACACGUGCAAACACACAAACCGACCAGCUCCGACCAAACUCAACUACCCGAUACCCCUACCGAUGUACAAGACAUACAUUUCUAGCAUUUUCAAAAACGCACGUGGGAGAAACUUUUUUCUUCUCUCGCAGUGAUAAGGGACGGACUAAGCUAACAAAGUCAAACGAUCUCUCAGUUAUCGAUGAAAAGAUUUGAAUUGAAACGCAAUUCAUUGUUACAGUUUUUUUGCCGUACACCUGGGUAUACAAGGAGCAUGGAUUGGAGAAAACAAAAUUAUACUCACGUUACGUGCAUAGCCGAUUGCAUUUUUCUGAAAUAUAAAGUAGAAGAAUUUGUCCAUUGAUCUCAAAUUAUUUAUGUAAAAUAAUGAUUUAGAGUAGAUUUAUUUAUUAAGAAUUGUUAAUGUGUGUAUCAAUGAUAAUACAAAGAUGGUUUAGAUUAAUUUGAUCUCUCAUGAUUCCAAAACUUUAAGUAAGACUGAAAAUCACAUAAGCACAAAUGUUUAUACUUAAAUCGAGUUAUUGUUUGUUUGGUACAUUUAUAUGCCAUAAUUUUUUUUAGUUGAACUUAUACAUAAGUACUGUGGCAUCACUAUAAUCACGUUCAUGAAUUAUGUUAUCAAUAAUAUUAUUAUAUUUGAACAUUUUUGGAGAGGCACUGUAGGUAAAAUUAUUUUGUAAGAUCUCAGUUCUUAAUUAUAAAUGUUAUAAUAGACAAGAUGAGGUUCGGUGUGUUUUUUUAAUUCAAAUAAAAAGUGUUGAUGUAUAUUAUAUGUAUUUAGGUCUAUGUUAAGUUUUAGUAAAUUCUAGUCAAAUGUUUUACACAUUCCUGUUUUGGACCAAACUUUGAUGUUUUUAAGAUAAUUUUAUGUAAAUGAUAGAUAAGCAUAGAAUAGUGUUAUACGUAUCCAAUUCAUUUAUUUAGACUUUGCAUUAUAAUCAUCGCCUUGAUAAUGUAUAUGAUAAUACCAAGUACUCUUUGUAUUUAUAUUUGUAUGUAAUUUAUAUAAAUCGAUGUUUCGCGAAUUAUUAUUAAAAAUAUUCGAUGGAAAACUUACAACUAAAGUCUAUUUAAAUAAAUGGAUUCACUCUUUGUGUAGAUAAUUUGUGGUUUAUUAUAGUAGGUACUACGAAAUACUCAUUAUAAGACAACCAUAGGAAUAGUGUUUAUAGGACAGGAAAAUGCCGCAUUCACGGUAACGUCAGAAUCAAGAGGGAAAUAAAUGCAUAAUUGUAAUGAUCAUAAAAUAUUGUGUAAGCUAAAGUAGCGAACCGCGACGGGCGUUACGCGAUGUUAAUUAAACUAAUUAGAAUAAAUUAAAAGUAGAGCUUUCGAGUUUCUCUCUUCAUUCUCUUACGAGACGUAACUUUCACGUGUAUGUGUGUAGGCUUCUUUAAUUAGUGCUCAUGGAGUUGAUCAGCGUGUAACCAUACAUUGUUAGUGGCAUUUUGAGGGGAACAUUCAUUUAAGUUUUAAUUAGAGUGCUGGACCGUUUCUUUAUCACUUAAUAAAACAUGACAUGGAAAGUUUGAAAUACAAUUUUCAUGAAAUGCAAUAUAUAUAAAAGUGUAAGUGCGUAUUUCAAUUUAUCUGAAACUCCACCUACCUAAUCAUAUAAAUUAACUUUUAGUCCACCACUUCGUUAAUGCCAAAAGCAAGUUUUAUUUAUUUUCAAAUUAUUUCUCACAGUUAAAUACAUGUUUUUAUUUAUUUUCUUACAUGUUUUUCUAUUUUAUUUAUUUUUUUUGUUCAUGUAUUACACGCCGAUUUAACUUUACGUGUUUGAAGCUUAGUGUUAAUUAUUUCAGUUCAACGAUUCGUGUUAAUUUUUGUACAACUCAUCUAUUUAUUUGUCAAAAUGAAUGUAUGCCUUUUAAGGUUUAGCUAUACAUAAGCCUGUUAAGGCAGACUUUUGAAAAGUGAAAUCAUAGAAAAAUGUACAGAAUUUUGGUAUUGAAAAGAAAAUUAAAUAAAAAUAUUAAAACCCUCG